UCAAUUUCAUGUGCUCGUCGAUCUCCAUACAUGCAGACACACUCUUCCCCUCCGAAUCCCAUUCAUCCCACAUUCAUAGCCUUUCCCUUUUUCGGGCCUCGCAAAAAUUCAUAAAGCUCCCACCUUUUUCACCCAAGAAUAAAAUACUCCAUUCCAUUUCAUCGAUUCAAUUUCAUACAUACAUAAAUUUGUGUAUGGAAUCAUUCGCUUUCUCGGGACUAUUCGAAUUGGGGAGAGAGAGAAACAGGGAUAUGCAUGCAUAGCGUAAAAAUUCUUGAUUUGACGUUUUGAUGUGCUGUCAUCUCUCAGGUUUCCGCGAUUGAUUUCCUGCUGUUCAACGGUCUUCGCUUCCCCCUUUUCACUUUCCCAGAUUUUCUUUUUUUUCCAAAGCUAGAGAGAGAGAGAGAGAGAGAAAUUUACCAUGUUCUCUGCAUGUGAGAGUUAGGGGAUUUUGGGGGAAAUGGCAUUGAUGGAGGAAGAGGGAGGAUCGAUGGAGAAGGAUUUUGAUUCGAAGCUCAAGGUUGAGAGCAGUGAUACGCCUCAGAGAUCUAAGAGUUUUGCAUUCAGAGCCCCACAGGAGAAUUUCAGCAUCCAAGAUUUUCAACUCGAGAAGAUUUAUGGUGUUGGUUCUUAUUCAAAGGUUGUUAGAGCAAGAAAGAAAGACACUGGAAUGGUUUAUGCCAUGAAGAUCAUGGAUAAAACGUUCAUCACUAAGGAAAAUAAAACAGCAUAUGUGAAAUUGGAGCGUAUAGUACUGGAUCAGCUAGACCAUCCUGGUGUAGUGCGGUUGUAUUUUACUUUUCAAGACAGUUGCUCCCUCUACAUGGCUCUUGAAUCCUGUGAUGGUGGUGAGCUUUUUGAUCAAAUAACCAGGAAAGGUCGUUUGUCUGAGGAUGAGGCCCGUUUUUACGCAGCUCAAGUUGUGGAUGCUCUUGAAUAUAUACAUAGUAUGGGAUUGAUACAUCGAGAUAUUAAGCCGGAGAACCUUUUACUUACUACCGAUGGCCAUAUCAAGAUUGCUGAUUUUGGUAGUGUAAAGCCCAUGGAAGGCAGUCGGGUCACUGUCCUUCCGAAUGCAGCAUCAGAUGAUAAAGCUUGCACCUUAGUCGGGACAGCUGCUUACGUACCUCCGGAAGUUUUAAAUUCCUCCCCAGCCACUUUUGGGAAUGACCUUUGGGCACUUGGAUGCAUCGUAUACCAAAUGCUUGCAGGAAUUUCGCCUUUUAAAGAUACGAGCGAAUGGCUUAUGUUCCAAAGAAUUGUAGCUAGAGAUCUUAGAUUUCCGAAUUAUUUUUCAGAUGAAGCACGAGACCUCAUUGAUUGGUUAUUGGACAUGGAUCCGAGUAGGCGACCAGGAGCAGGAAAUGGUGGUUAUGCUACACUAAAAAACCAUCCUUUUUUCAAGGGUACCGAUUGGACUAAUUUGAGGGAAGGAACAACCCCACCUACACUUGCUUCAGAACCGGGCUCGACAGGUGAAAACCAAGAUUCCUCAUUGAACCCAACGCGCGCUGGGGAUGGCUCAGUGAGAACUUAUGACGGAAAUGGUGGUGCUGUGCCAGCUUCCGAAUCUGUUAACGUAACUAGGCUUGCUUCAAUCGAUUCAUUUGAUUCAAAAUGGCAACAAUUCUUGGAGCCUGGCGAAUCUGUUCUUAUGAUCUCCUUGGUUAAGAAGCUGCAGAAACUGUCGAGCAAGAAGGUGCAACUCAUCCUCACCAACAAACCGCAGUUAAUUUAUGUCGAUCCUGCAAAGUUGGAGGUCCGAGGAAAUGUAGCAUGGUCGGACAAUCCUAAUGAGCUCAAUGUCCAAGUAAUGAGCCCUUCAAAUUUCAAGAUUUUCACUCCCAAGAAAAUCUUCUUAUUUGAGGAUUCAAAACAAAGAGCAGGUCAGUGGAAAAAGGCAAUUGAGUCUCUCCAAAACCCCUGAGUUCACAAAUCAUUGUUUGUUCAUAGCUAGAGCGACAUGCUGGUACGUAAACACUACAUCUUCGGUUGAAAACAUUUGCUGGAGUUGCAUGUUACAGAAAACUAGUUACAAAGAUCAUCACAGACUUGACUCUUCUCCCAAGCUUACAAACGAGUCAUGUCGUCUGCAGAUAUCCACCAUUUUUGACAAUUUGUUUUAUAAUCUGACUAUUGAACUUGUUUAUAGAAGGACCUCAUUUUAUGUUUUUUUAAUGUACUUGAAACUUUAGAAAAAAAUAUCCAUCUACAAAGUGAAUGAAAUGUGUAAAAGUGCACAAAAACAGUGUGUAUAGAGAGAUUUGUGGUUUAAUAUAGUUAAUUUGUUUUCUUAUUUUAUAGGUAA